GGAGCAUAUACAGCCGCAUAGGCAACAGAAACGGGUUCACAGGGGAGGGAGACGAUUCCGCGUCACAGCAAUAGAAUUGAGGGUGGGAGGAGCGAAAGUGGGCUGAAGGGGGCCGCUUGAAAUCGCUCAGUGGACGAGUACAGUAUUUCGAGCAAAGAAGAAGCAGUGGUUGAGUUUAACCAGCUCGUCAGGCAGCGGUGCGGCGGGGCGAUGGAAACAGCAACUGAAACAACUUUUUAACGAGUGUACGACUGAUGAUGGGUCUCUGCUGUGCCAUGCUAACGGAACUGGAAGAGCGGUUGCCUGUUGGCUAUCUGAUGAGCCAUAAUCAUCUAUGCUCUCACAUGUACCGGAUUGGUAUUUCCACAGAGACGGAUUGUCGCCUUUGUACUGAACACAUUAUGUGUGAUUGUCCGGCUUUGGCCAGACUAAGACUGCAAUGCUUCAAAUCGAUGCCCUUAAGGGUUAGGAACCAUCACAGUUAUACAAAAGAUCUUCUAGGUCGCGGUGUCCCUUUUCGUUACACCCAACACAUUUACAUUACAAUGAGAAGAGCUUCUACUGGACUUAAUGGGUUUUAUAACUAAGCGGCAU